ACUGAAGGUCAAGAGAGAUUUAAAAUUCUCAUAUUUCAAGGAAAUGUUCAUUAGAACCGCUAUUAUGUGAUUUUACUAAAACAGCUCUCUGUAAUGGAUGUGAAAUGCUCUAGGUAAUACGCUCGAUGCUGAUUUAUUGUUCAAUAGACAUGAACAAAUGCUAAAUAUUAUAAAUGGAGAAAACGUAAAUAUUGAAGAACUUAAAAGAUUGUCUAUUGACGGUUGUCCCGAUUCCAAUGGGAUCCGUUCUAGAGUUUGGAAGUUCCUUUUAAAUUAUCUUCCUUUUAAUGUCGACAAACGACAAGAACGGAUCAUUUUUAACAGAAGGCAAUAUGAAGGUUAUGUAAAGGAAUUUGUGUUUGAGUCUUGUGUGGCAGAUGCUAUGCCUGCUGAUCAUCCACUAAAUUUAGAACCAGAUGGAAAUUGGAUCGCGUUUUUUCGCGAUAAUGAAAUUUUACUCCAGAUUAAUAAAGACUGUCAGAGACUGUGUCCAGAUUUUGAUUUCUUUCGUCGUCCUACAGAAUAUUCUUGUCUAUCAUUAUUUGGAAAGGAAGUACCUGUUGGGGUGUUACGGAGAAGAGGGGAAACCUCUGCACUUCAGUCCCGUUCAUUGAAUAAAAAUCUUGCUGGUGUUACAAAUAUGAUUCAUCUGUCUACCUACGCUCCUUUCCAACCAAGCCAUCGGUUAUCUUCUGGUUUAGUAACACAAUCACAAAGAAGUAUGAUAAACCGUAAAAUAGAUUGGAAUUCGACCUCACCGCAUCAGGAACCACAUUGGGAAGUGAUUGAACGAAUUCUAUAUGUAUAUUAUAAAACUCAUGUAUCUCAGGGUUAUGUUCAAGGAAUGAAUGAAAUUAUUGCACCGAUAUACUACGUUUUCGCCACUGACCCCGAUGAAUCCUGGAGAAAAUAUGCAGAAAUGGAUACAUUUUAUUGCUUCAAUAACCUUAUGACUGAAAUUCAUCCUAAUUUUCUACGAAAGUUAGAUGGUAGCCAUGAAGCUGGUCUAGGUGGGCAAAUGAAAAUUUUAUCGGACUUAUUAUCUAAAUUCGACAAUAAUCUAUCUAAACACUUUGAAAAAAUAGAACUUGUUCCGGAACAUUUUGCAUUUCGUUGGUUAAGCUUAUUGUUGGCACGAGAAUUCAUGCUUCCAGAUGUACUUCUAUUAUGGGAUACACUUUUCUCAGAUCCACACAGGUUCAACUUACUUCCAUAUGUUUGCUGUUCAAUGUUAAUUGGUAUUCGUGAUCAACUAUUGAAAGCUGAUUUUCCUACGGCUGUUCAACUUGUUCAAAAUUAUCCAUCAAAUGUCGAUAUAAUGCAUAUUCUUUUGAAAGCCAGAACGUUUUAUACAGGUCACCGGAUUUAAAUACUUUUCUUUCUAACUGUCAAAUGAUUUUUGUUAUUACCACCUAUUCUGAACAAGAAAUAAACGUGUAAAUGUGCUUUUUUUUAAUAAAAAAAAUGUAUGUACAUGUCCGCAUAUGUUCGUACCUAUCUAUCCACGAGUUCUUCUCUCUCUCUCUCUCUCCCAUGUACUAAUUUCAAAUAUUUCUUCUUUAUUUCUAAUGAACAUUAGUUAUUUGGUGAUUUAUUACAUAACAACUUUACGAUCAUUUUUAUAAUGAAAAUUACUAUUAUUGUUAUCAUUUAUUUCAUAUCAAAUUUGUAAUAUGAUUUAUAAUUAAAUGACUUAUAUUUUAUUUGUCUCUUUUCUCCCCUUCAUAUUAUUUCUUAAUAAAGUGUGAAUAUGAUUGAAUUGUAUUAUUGACAUUGUUGUAUUCUAUUCGGUUAUUGUAUCUUCAUGGUAAUGUACUCAUGAUUUUUUCUCUUUAUUUCUAUUUGAUUAUUAAACUUUAAAUGAUUGUUUGAAUAUUGCGAUAAAUUGUUCAAGACAGUUAUUAUUAUUAUUAUUAUUAUUUUUGUUUCUGAUUUUCUAUUUUGACAAUGAAUAUUAUUAUUAUUAUUUUUGAUUUAAAAACAAUGAAUUAAAUCCUCAUUUUGUAACAAUAUUGUUUAAAUAUAUAUGUGUGAUUUCAA